UCCCGCCUUAUGAAUGCGGAAGUAGUACGAAUGCAGGUAGAUAACAUCGUAUGUUGCAACGCCGCUUUUCAGUUAACUAUAUUCGUUAAUGUCUUGCAGUUUCUUGCCUUAAAUUGGACUUUGGAUUCCUGUUCUGUAAGGAGACACCGAGCACGGAGUUCCGAUGGCAGGCAAAGCAGUGGUGGUAAUGAGACUGCUGGCUUCAGCCUACUCUGUGGCUGAGAAAGCUGGAGCAAUUGUAAGGAGAGUGCUGCACAGUGGAGAACUGGGAAUCGUUGAGAAGACAGGAGUUGAUGACCUACAGACACUGGCCGACCGACUCGCUCAGAAGAGUAUAUGCGCCUCUCUCUCGAAGAGCUUCCCUAAAAUCACCAUCAUUGGCGAAGAGGAUCUGCCAGCUGAGGCAGUGGAAGAGGACCUGAUUGAGACCGGCCAGCAUGAAGGAAUAUUACAAAAGCCUUGUCCUGAUGAAUACAGCAAGUUAAAGGAGGAGGAGCUGGUUGUGUGGGUUGAUCCUCUAGAUGGCACUAAAGAAUAUACGGAAGCUGCAUACAUAUUGAACAGUCCAGUUGUCUGUGUGAACUGGCUCCAGGCCCACAGAUCUCCAACAAGGCUCCUGGAUCAUGUGACUGUGUUGAUAGGCAUCGCUUAUAAAGGAAAAGCAAUCGCUGGUGUGAUCAAUCAGCCCUUCUACAACUACCAGGCCGGUGCGGGUGCCACUUUGGGCCGAACAAUCUGGGGAAUGUUGGGUUUGGGAGCCUUCGGGUUCGAGCUACAGGGAGCCCCAGAAGGGAGACGCAUCAUCACCACCACUCGCUCUCACAGCAAUAAACUUGUUACUGAUGCUGUCCAGGCCAUGGAUCCUCAUGAUGUCAUCAGAGUGGGAGGAGCUGGAAAUAAGAUCAUUCAGCUGGUGGAGGGAAAAGCAUCUGCGUAUGUGUUUGCCAGUCCAGGCUGUAAGAAGUGGGACACGUGUGCAACUGAAGCCAUUCUGCAUGCUGUUGGAGGAAAGCUGACGGACAUGCACGGGAACGCUUACCGAUACGACGCCGAUGUGAAGCACAUGAACUCAGCUGGUGUGUUAGCCACACUGAGGGAUCAUCAGUUUUACACCAGCAGAGUUCCCCAGUCCGUCCUCAAGGCCCUGCAGUCCGACUGAAAAAAGCCACAGCUUUAUGGACAUCUUCCUGCCUUUCGGGAUUCCCGAAUCAUUAAAUCAGUGACAAAUUAGA